AAGGGAUGCGGUUGGCGGUUAGCUGACCGAGAUUCGCUUUGUAACUCCGUCCGAACGGACGCCGACCGCUGCGGCGCUGUUAGAUUUAUAAUUUCAUUGUCUUUGUGGCGUAAGGGCACGACAUCAAAUACUAGGAAGAAUUGAAGAUAAAUAGACGAGAAUUUCUCUAGAAUUAUCUUCUAGAUCAGACCAAAGUUCAUUACAAUUCAACAAUCAAUCAGUCAAUCAAUUCAUCAUGUCGAGCUACGUUGUCACCGGCGUCUCUAAGGGACUAGGAUUUGAAUUCCUCCGCCAGCUAUCGAAAGAUCCUAGCAACACCGUCAUCGGUCUUGUUCGAGACCCGGCCAGCGCCAAGGAAAAGGUUUCGGCCGAGUUGCCGGACCGCUCCAACAUCCACAUCUUGGCUGGCGAUCUGACCAACUAUGACAGUCUAAAGACUGCCGCCGCUGAGACUUCUGCUAUCACCGGUGGUAGCCUCGACUACCUGAUUGCUAAUGCCGCUUUCAUGUCAACCGUCGACGGCUUCAGCGCCAUCGGAGAAAUAGAACCCGAAGUUGCAACCGACACGCUACGCAAGUACAUGGACACCAACGUCAUUGGCAACCUACAACUUUACAACGUCUUCCUCCCUCUCAUCCUAAAGGGCAAGGUCAAGAAGGUCGUUGCUCUAACCAGCGGCCACGCAGACUUGGAUUUCAUCAACCAGUUCGACAUCCAAGUUGGAUCUCUGUACGCUGCUUCAAAAGGAGCGAUGAACAUUAUCAAUGCCAAGUACAACACGCAGUACAAGAAGCAGGGUGUGCUUUUCCUUAGUAUUAGCCCGGGAGUGGUGGAUACGGGUAACUUUGACCCCUCGGCUUUGACCCAGAAGCAACUCGAAGCAUUGCAAGUGAUGAUGGCAGGAUUUCAGAGUUACGCACCACAUUUCAAGGGUGGGUUAUCCCCAGACGUUGCCGCACAGAAUGUGUUGAGGGUUGUGGAGAACGCCAGUAUCGAGAAAGGGGAUGGAGGCGCAUUCUUGUCUCAUUUUGGCAACAAGCAAUGGCUCUGAUCAGGACUACCUAAUUGCGCCCGCAAUGGAAUUUCUUAGACAUUCGUGAAUG